AUGGCGGAAUUGAACCGGCAGCUGCAGGAGUAUUUGUCGCAGUCCAGAGGCAAGACAGCCGCCCCGUCGUUGCAGUCCGGCGGCAGCACCGCAGUGGAGCUCGGCGAGCCGGAGCCGGUCCCCGGAAGUUGGUUCGGACGCUGGUCCAGCCCGUGGUCCAGCGGCGGCAAUGCAUCGGCGGUUCAAAGCUCCGGCGGGAGUUGGCCGUGGUCAGCCGAGCCGGACCCUUGCAUGCCGGGCGUGAGUCGCCGCCAGCGGCUGGCCAUCGCCGGGAUGUUUGCCGCCCUGUCAGCGCUGUGCUUCGGCCUUUCGGCUCUGUACGCGCCGCUGCUGCUCAUUUACGCCCGCAAGUUUGCGCUGUUGUGGUCGCUGGGCUCGGCCUUCGCCAUCGCGGCCGCAGCGGUUCUGCGGGGACCCGGCCGGCUAGUCGCUGGCCUGCCCGGCUCGCCUGGGGCCGUCGUGUACCUGUGCGCUCUCGGAGGGACGUUGUACGCCGCGCUGAGCCUGCACAGCACUGUAUUGACGGCGUUCGGGGCUGCCGCGCAGGUGGCCGCGCUCGUCGGAUACGUGGUGUCGCUGCUCCCUGGAGGCAGCGCCGGGAUCCGCUUCGUGGGUGGCGUUGCCGCGUCCGCCCUCAAAAGAACAGUGACCGGGAAAAGCGUGACCAUCUGAGCCGGGGCCGUCGGUCCGAGAACCGAUGACGUCAUCACCGGUCAUGUGCCUUUUGCAGAGCCAAAGCCACCUUGGACAAAGCGGACCCUCACUCUUGGCUUCAUACCGGUGGGCCUGAACGCUGACUUGGCUGUUAUGGGACCAGAAAGACUCGCUGAAAUAAAUGCAAUUCAACACCUACAAAUUUAA